GCCAAAAAACCAAAAAAGUAUGAUUCAUUACUUUCUAUAUUCAGAUUUAAAAUAGUUCUCAUCAGUUUUUUAAGACAAUGUUGCAAUUCAUUUUUCCCCUUCCCAUUAUUUGCAAAAAAAAUUCCGAAUUUUCAUCAAGUUAGUUUAACUUUCGUUUAUACCAUUAGCAUUUGAAAUGUGGUCCAUGCUUCAUUCUUUAUUUCUAUACUAUUCACUUCGAAACAUUUUGUCUAGGAAUAAAACGGUUACAUAUUUUACCAGCGACUGUGAUGUUACCUGUUAAAAACUAUUUGAAAACUGUUCAUGCUUCUUUUAGUUUCUCUUUGCUUGAACCUGAUCAUUGUUUUCUUUUUGUAAAUCUUAUAUCUCGAUCGCUUUUCUUCAGCUUCCAGUUUAACUACAAAGUGACAUUCUUAUGUUAGUUAAUUGUGUAUUUUGUGAGGCUCAUGUCUUCCCAUUUUGUCCUAUACAGACGCCUUUUGGAUGUGAAUGAGAGAAUGACAUUCUUCUUGCUCCUCUAUUACGAUGAAUAUCACAAAAGCCAAUUCUCCUGCAUAUCACAAUGGCCAGUUCACCUUAAGCUGUACGGUGAUUUCCUCUUGUCCAGCAUUCAUACCUUCCCGGUGAAAUAGGCAUAAUUUUCGCGUGUCCCCUAGCAAUGGAUUACAAUUCUUGGGCGAUUCGAAUUGUUAGCAUAAUCAACCCCCGAUUUCCAGAUUCUUGGCGGUGCGUAUCAAUUGUGCAGAUUUCCCGAAAGAAGGGUCAUUUCUCACCUACAGGUAGGGCUGAACCUGCAAUAGUUUGGAAAAUCAUUCUUCAGCGCAUUAUCAAUGUCGGCAAGGAUAGAGAAACAAAAGUUGAAGUGACAAGCCAAAAACGGCUGACAUUUGAUGAGAGUGAUGCAGAGCAUGAAAAAGUUGUCCAUGUACCCCCUAGAGAAGAAACAUCUCUUCAGAACUCAGCCAAAAAACCAAAAAAGCAAAUGCACUUCUGCUGACUCUUUUAAGCAUCGUGGUCCAAAUUUUGGCCUUCGACAAUGUUGAACUUGGUAGGAGUACUUUUCUGUUUAUUAGGCUUCUCUCAUGUGAUAUUUGAUUUUGUUCUCUUAGUAACUGCUGCAAUUUUUUUCCCUUUUUUGUGGAGAUGCAAUGGAAAAACAGCUUAUGUAAAUCAAACCAAUGAUAUGUACCUGUUUCUGGGGUAAGCUGCUACUCUAAGAAUGUGCUUCACAGAGCCUUCAGUCUUUUCUUAUUUAACUCUAAAUAUGAAUUGCUUCUUCAGGGUGUCUUGUUUCUCUAUUUUCGUGAAGGGACGGGUUGAAAUGGGCCACACGGAAUUUAGAUUCCACUAGACGACCUCUAUUUCCCAUGCCAAACCCCACUAACAAUGGUAAAUGCACUGCUGCUGAUUCUUUUAAGCAUGGUGGUCCAAAUUUUGCCCUUCGGUAAUGUCGAACUUGGAGGAUUUUAUUUAAAAUGAAGUGAAGUAAAUUAUGUUUGAUAUUUUGUAAAGAAGCUGCUUGUGAUGCAAAAAUAUCUCAUGCAAUGAAGUUAGGACAGGUAAGUAAAUUAGUUAAAUUACUUAAAUUACUAUCUCAUGCAAGUCUUUCAAUGAAGUACUUAAAUUACUUAAUAUACAUGUAUUGAAUGAAAUCUUCAUUAAGGU